CAGCGCAGUUGAUUCGAGCACGAGCAAUACCAGUUUACCAACACUAAUAAAAGAGAAUAGCGGCUGGUCCUCAUUUAGUCUGCCUCAGAGUCUCACUCGAACAAGACGUUAAUUUCGCGCGAAGAUAUCACAGAUUUGUAUAAUUAAAUCUAAUCCUUAAUCGAAAGAAAAAAAGAACUAACCGACCUGUGGAUUAACAUUUCAGCAAACGAAUUUGUUACAUAUUUCAUGGAAUUAUUAUUUUAAACGUAAUACAAUUAAAACGUCGUCUGCACAACGAAAAAAGAUGCUGAAAUUAGGCGUACUAUUGCUUUUCGCUCUAUCAACAUCUGUAAACAGUCAAUGUUUUUACAAAGAUGACUCCGCUAAGAAACCCGACCCAGCUGCUCGUUCAAGUUUAUACAAAAAUCAAUUGGAAUUCACACUGAAUCUUUUUAAUACUAUAAACAAUGCAGUUCCUGACGACAACAUUUUCUUUUCACCGUUUUCGGUGUACCACGCUUUACUUCUGGGCUACUUCGCCGCGGGUGGGCAAACGGAGAAAUCUUUGAAAGAGUCUCUGCGCAUAUCUGAUACAAUGGACAAGGUGAACUUGCUGAUGGCAUACAAAGUUGACAAGCGGUCGCGCGCGUUUAACAACAACAGCGACAGCUACGAGUUCACGAACGCUAACAAGAUGUUUGUUGACAAAGAACUUCACUUACGCCAGUGCUUGCUUGACCUACUUGGCGAGGAACUCGAGGCUCUGAACUUCCGCCAAAGUCCCGAACAGUCGCGGCAAUAUAUAAACAAUUGGGUGUCUCGCAUCACGAAGAACAAUAUUAAGGACUUAAUACCUGUAGAUGGUAUCAUGGACACAACGAAACUCGUUCUGGCUAACGCUGCAUAUUUCAAAGGCGUUUGGGCAUAUAAAUUCCCAGCAGAGAGGACGAAGAAACAAGUGUUUUUCGUGUCUGAAACGCGCCAGACCCUCGUACCUUUUAUGAGGCAGAAAGGGAUAUUCCAUUACACGGUUAGCGAUGACCUCGGCGCGCAGAUUUUAGAGCUUCCGUACAAAGGCAACGACAUCAGCAUGUACAUCCUGCUCCCCCCAUACUCAAUGAAGGAAGGAGUGUCGAAUAUAAUCGCCAACCUGACCCCGGAGCGUCUCUCAGCAGUUGUGGAGGAAAGUUACAUGGGCCGAGAGGUUGUCGUCGAAAUACCUAAAUUUACCAUUGAGCGGCACCUGCCCCUAAGAUCGAUCCUAAACACAAUGGGCGUGGGUGACCUGUUUAACUCAUCGGCGGACUUCAGCACGCUGUCUGACGAUCACGGCAUUGUUUUCGAUGACGCCGUUCACAAAGCGAAAAUUCAGGUCGAUGAGGAAGGAACGGUAGCGGCGGCAGCAACUGCUAUCUUCGGCUUCCGGUCGUCCCGGCCGGCCGAGCCGAGCGUGUUCAUCGCCAACUUCCCCUUCGUGUACAUUAUCUAUGAGCGACCCACCAACUCCGUGUUGUUCAUGGGCGUCUACCGAGACCCCAAGAAGUAAACUAACGCAACCGGGCGGUGGUGACAUAUCAGUUCUAUCUUAGUCACAAUUUCAUACUAAAUUCGAUGUCGCGCGAAUUAUUUGUACUUCUUAACAAAAAAAUGUUAAAAAUACCUAUUUUUUGUUAGUUCUUUUGCUGUCUGAGUCAUUUUAUCUCGAGCUAAUCAUGUAUGCAGCCUUAUUUUAAUCGUCGUUUCAAGGUUUUCAGUUUUCCGUAUUUAAGAAUUCGCUAUUUUGACUUUAAUGAUAAUUUAAUUUAAAUAUAACCUAGCUGUAUAUUUGUAAGGCUGAAUUUUGGAAAAAUAUUUUGGAGUUAUUAGCAGUGAUGUUACCUGUUGCCGAGUUAAAUAAAUAUUCGUUACUUUUAAGAGUGAGAGUAAUAUUUAUUUAUUUUUAUUUUAACUCUGUUAUGACAUUGGAUUUAUUAGCGAUCGACAUUGUGUUGUUAUUGUUAAUUACGAAAUAAAAUUAUGUUUUUUAUCUUACUUAUAAAUAUAUUGUGUAGUAUAAGUGUAGUAAAUUAUUAUAACGCGAUGAUU